GUUCGUCUGGGUGCAGCCAGUGCAGCAGGAUGCCGGAGCCUUCCCGCUCCACUCCCGCCCCGAAGAAAGGCUCCAAGAAAGCCAUCACCAAGGCUCAGAAAAAGGAUGGCAAGAAACGCAAACGGGGCCGCAAGGAGAGCUACUCCAUCUACGUGUACAAGGUGCUGAAGCAGGUGCAUCCGGACACCGGCAUCUCGUCCAAGGCCAUGGGCAUCAUGAACUCGUUCGUCAAUGACAUCUUCGAGCGCAUCGCCAGCGAGGCCUCCCGCCUGGCGCAUUACAACAAGCGCUCGACCAUCACGUCCCGCGAGGUGCAGACGGCCGUGCGCCUGCUGCUGCCCGGGGAGCUGGCCAAGCAUGCCGUGUCCGAGGGCACCAAGGCAGUCACCAAAUACACCAGCUCCAAGUGAGGCGCGGCGAGAGCGCCCCCAACCCAAAGGCUCUUUUCAGAGCCACCUUCCA